AUGGCAAAAGAUGUUUGGAGAGCAGCUAGAAAAGGAGACAUUAAAAAGAUUAAAAAGUAUAUCCCUUCAGUUGUAAAGGUUGAUACUUUGGAUAAAGAGAACAAGACAGCAUUACAUCAUUCAAUAGAUGGAGAUCAAUUAGAGAUUAUGACCUACUUGAUUGAAAAUGGUGCAAAUAUAAACUUGAAAGAUCCAAAAGGUGAUACUCCAUUGAUAAUGUCAUUAAGAAAGAUAUCAACAAAUGAGAAACAAGAGGAUUUGGCAAUACAAUUGAUUAUUAAAGGUGCAGAUUACAAUAUUGAUGCAAAGGAUAGAAAGACACCAGAGAGAAUAGUUGAAGCAUUACCAAAGCGAUUCCAAGUUAAAUAUAAAGAAGCAUUACAAUCAAGAUUAGCAAUUAAACGUCCAACAAUGGUAUCUUCAAACCCUCCUCCCCCAACAAUCACCAAUAAUAAUAAUUCUGUAAAUAAUUUGGCUGGAUCAUUAAACUCUAUUACAGUGUCUAGUAAUAAUCAAGCACCGAGUAUAGUACCUGUUCAACCUGUACAACCAAAUACAUUGGAUCCUAAUCACCAAGGAACCAAUAUAACACCUAUAUCACCACCAUCAAUGAAACCACAAACAACUAUCAUCACUACAGUUCCCAACCGUCCUAUUACUACUACUUCUGGUAAUACGUAUCAACGUGCAGUGGUAUUGGAUGUGGUGCCACGUAGUAUCUUUCCAUCUGAAGACUUUUCAGGUGUAAAGGAUGCAAAUAUGUUGUGGUUAGAGGUUACGUACAAACUGUCGAUUGUAGCUCUUUGCUCGGACAAGGUGCGAUAUGAUGAUAUUACAAAGGCGAUUGAUGAAUGUGGUAAUGUGUUGGUACACUUUUUGGCGUUGAUUGGUGAUCGUGAGACAACCGCGUUUAUGGAUACUACUCGAAACCAAGAUGCAGUCACUGCCAUUCAUGAACGUGUCAAAUCGGUAAAGGACGGUAUUAAACUACGUCUGUUUAGUCGAAUUGAACACAGUGAGUUGAUUCGUCUGGUCGCUGCGCUGUCGGCCGAGAACCUCAUCAGUCUCGGUCGAAUCAUUGCCGAGCAAUUGGCAUCGGUCAAAUCAACCACCACAGCCAUGGUACCAUCCAAGGUAUCCGGUCAUUUAGAACCAGAAACUGAAAAGGAGAUUAUAGACGGUGCAAGCAGACAACUCAGAGGAACGAUUGAUUUCUACAAAUCCAAUGUUGGGUCACACACUUCAUCGGGUAUGCCAUGCGAAGGAGUUGUGCUCCCACUAUUAGCCAGUAUCCAAAAAUCAAUUCAUUCCCUCUCUAUAUACAGUUCAGUGGAACGUGAUGUUCAAAUGGUCAUCCCCGCUCAACUCAUUGCUCAAGAUGUAAAUUCUAUCAGAUCGAUUCUAUUGGAAUUCCAAAAUGAUCCAUCUGCCAACAACCUCUCUGAAGAACUUAGUGAUCAACUCAUGACAACCAUUGAAUGUUGUUGUCACUUUGCAACCAAAUUACUCUUUUCCAUCGCUGCCGUCAUCUCUCACAACCGUCUCCUCGACAUGUCUCAAGUUGGUUUUUCAUGUAGAGCUCUUGCAAGUUGUUGUUGUAUUUUAUUAGAUUCUUUUUGUUUCUAA